CUCUGGAUGCUGAGGAUACAGCAGGGAAAAAAGACAUCCCAAUGCCUGCCCUCCCAGAGUCUCUGUGCUAGUGAUAAAAGCAGACAAUGACCCAAGGAGCUUCCUGCUCUUAUCAAAGCCCAGAAGGCUCUUUCCUGUGGAUGUAUCGCUGAAAACCUCAGAACUUCGUGGUAACGGCAGUCAGAAGGACUGGUGGUUUCCAAGGUGGUUUAAGAAUGGGAGCCACAAUUACCAAGGGGAGAAGACGAUGGACAAAGACAAGGAACAAUGAAUACAAUGAAGAAGAGCUUCAGCUGUCGGACUGGUUUAAUCCACAGAAACUCCCAGAGGUUGUGAUGACCAGAUGGAAGGCACCAGUUGUGUAGGAAGACACUUAAAACAGAGCCAUCUUAGAAAAUUACUAUGGCAACAGGAAAUUACCAUGGGUGUGACGAUUUUGGUAUUGGAACAUACACUGAGCAUUACUUGGAGGAGUUGUUGACAUCCGCUAAUAGGGGCUUCAUAGUUGGCCACAAAGUCAUGUUUUACAUCAUGGUGGACGAUGUCUCCAGGUUGACUUUGAUAGAGCUGGGUCCUCUGGGUUCCUUCAGAGUGUUUGAGAUCCAGCCUGAGAAGAGGGGGCAGGACAUCAGCAUGAUGCCCAUGAAAACCACUGGGGAGCACAUCAUGACCCACAUCCAACACAAGGUCGACUUCCUCUUCCAGGACACCUUUGGGGUGGAGAUGUUGGGCCAGUUGGUGGCUCAGCUAUGGGCCUGGUGGUACAAGGCAGAGCAUGACAAGUUCAGCUAUGAGAGGUGGAAGGAGUCUGCAGCAUACAUUCCGUUCAGCCAGGGGGAUUUUUAUUACCACGUGGUCGUUUUUGGAGGAACACCCAUUCAGGUCCUAACCAUAACGGGGGAGCGCUUCAGGGGAAUCCUCCAGGACAAGAAAAAUGACAUAGAAGCCAAGUGGCACGAUGAAAGCCACCUAAACAAGUAUUUCCUUCUCAACAAACCCACUAAAAUCUUAUCCCCAGAAUAUUGCUGGGAUUAUCGUAUAGGCCUGCCUUCAAAUAUUAAGAUUGUCAAUAUAUCUCAGCAGACAAAAGAAUAUAAUUUGGUUAGAAAUAAUAUCUGA